AUGAAUGUUCGAGAUAGGAUUGUUGUUGUUACAGGAGGCCUGUCUGGCCUCGGUGCGGCGACAGUCAAGCUCAUGAGCAGCCUCGGCGCUUCAAUAGCCGUCUUCGAUUUGCAGCUGCCAACCGGUAGCUCAGACUCGCAGAAACAUCGAUACUUCAAGGUCGAUGUGUCCAACACAGAACAAGUAGCCACAGCGGUAAAGGCAGUGGCAGCGUGGAGCAAAGAGACAAGCAAGCCCAUUGCCGCGGUGGUGUGCUGCGCUGGGUUCCUCGGGCCGGCAAAGAUUCUCUCCAAAAACAACAGUCCUUUGGCCCUCGAGACGUUUAAAAAGGUGGUUGACAUCAGCCUCACCGGCACCGUCGACAUUAUCCGCCAAAUCCUGCCUUACAUGUCAACUCAACCUGCCGACGAAAACGGCUCGCGGGGCGUCAUAAUUACCGUCUCAUCAGCCGCCGCUUUUGACGGCCAAGAAGGCCAAGUUUCAUACAGCGCAGCCAAAGGAGCCAUCGCGUCCAUGACGCUACCACUAGCAAGAGAUCUCUCGCGAUGGGGAAUAAGGGCAGUUUGCAUUGCGCCGGGCAUGUUUGAUACGGGUAUGGUCGAGGGAAUGCCAGAAAAGGCAAGGGAGAGCUUAAAGAAGACGCUGGAGUUUCCGGCGAGAGCGGGUAGACCGGAGGAGUUUGCGGGGAUGGUUAAGAGUGUAGUUGAGAAUGUCAUGUUGAAUGGGACGGUGAUACGGCUGGACGGAGCGGCGAGGAUGCCGAGCCGGUUGUAA